AUGCAGACGGCUGAGCGUGAGGGGAGCGGGCCAGAGGCCAGUCCCAGUGUCACGUCCGAGGCACCCCCAGAGUCUCCACCUGUUCCUGCCAAGUCUCCGGCAUUUAAUCUCUUCAAUUUGGUUCUGUCCUACAAGAGGCUGGAGAUGUACCUGGAACCCCUGAGGGAUGCGGGCGAUGGUGUUCGGUACUUGCUCAGGUGGCAGAUGCCUUUGUGUUCCUUGCUGACCUGUCUGGGUCUCAACGUGCUGUUCCUCACUUUGAAUGAGGGUGCCUGGUACUCCAUGGGGGCCCUGAUGAUUUCAGUGCCUGCACUGCUGGGCUACCUCCAGGAGGCUUGCCGACCUCGACUUCCUGAGAAUGAACUGAUGCGAAGGAAGUAUCACAGCGUGAGGCAGGAGGACCUGAGGAGGGUUCGCCUGUCUCGCCCCGAGGCGGUGGCAGAGGUGAAGAGCUUCUUGAUCCAGCUGGAGGCCUUCCUGAGCCGCCUGUGUGGGACCUUGGAAGCUGCCUACAAUGUGCUGCAUUGGGAGAAUCCCAUCGUGUCCUUGCAGUUUUACGGCGCACUUCUGGGCACAGUCUGCUUGCUGUACCUGCUGCCGCUCUGCUGGUUCCUGGCUCUCUUGAACAGCACGCUCUUUCUGGGCAACAUGGAGUUCUUCAGAGUGGUGGCUGAAUGCAGAGCAUCCCUGCAGAGGCGCCUGAACCCCAAUCAGGAAGAGGCAGCCCGUGAGAGCCCCCCGCCCCCAGCCGCUGGGGGGAAGGGCACGCUGGCUGAUUGCACGCCAGUAUCUACGCCCACAGAGGAACUCACGCCAGGCAGCGUGGAGGAGGCAGAAGAGGCUGAGCCUGAUGAAGAGUUUAAAGAUGCUAUUGAGGAGACCCACUUGGUGGUGCUGGAUGAUGAUGAGGGCACCCCGUGCCCGGUGGAGGAUGAACUGGCCUUGCAGGACAACGGCUUCCUGAGCAAGAACGAGGUGCUGCGCAGCAAGGUGUCUCGGCUCACUGAGCGGCUCCGCAAACGUUACCCCACCAACAACUUCGGGAACUGUAUGGGCUGCUCGGCCACCUUCUCUGUGCUGAAGAAAAGGAGGAGCUGUAGUAACUGUGGGAACAGCUUCUGCUCUCGGUGCUGCUCUUUCAAGGUGCCCAAGUCAUCCAUGGGGGCCACAGCCCCUGAAGCACAGAGAGAGACUGUGUUUGUGUGUGCAUCCUGUAACCAGACUUUGAGCAAGUGAGAAGAGGACCAGUUCUAAGUGGGUGCCAAGCCCUGGACCCUGUAGACCUCCUCCUCCCCGGUAGUGGAUGUUUGCGGGGCCGAUGUGCCUGAACACUACGUUGGCUUCCUCUCCUGCCCUCGCUGUGUGGCCAGAGCUGCAAGAACUUCAGCUUCCAGAGCGCUGAACCCUCACCUCUGGAUG